UCAGCGGCACCAACGACAACGACAACCGGCGUGGUCCUGCCUGCUCUGUCAUCGACUCGUCACGCGUCGUCCAGAGUUCAGAACCCGAAUCUACCCCUCCAUCCGGUCGACGUGUAUCGGCUUUGGCGAGGAUAAUUCAGGAAAUGCACGACUCGUCGCCGAAUUCAUCGCCUCUGUCCUUCCGCCACCGCGCGCAGCAACCCCCGUUACGAGAAGCCCGCGAUGAAGCGGAUUCGACACGACUCGUGCUACGACGUCGUCGACGAUGUUGACCCGGUCUCCCCGUCCACUCCCGAAUCGUUUCCCACAAUCAACGGCGAUGAUGCGGCGUCCUCGAGGCCCCACCCGCCUCAUCCACGGCGGGCGCCAGCGUGCCUCCCGCCGUUCCGCUGCACGUGCCUCUCACGCGCAGCCGGCGCCUUCGCCGUCUCCCCUCUUUUACUCCCCCUCUCUCUUUCUUUGCUCAUCAAACCCUAACGCCGCCGCCGACGACCAAAUAACGUGAGAAAGAGAGAAGGGGAUUAGGGUUUGGGAAGAUGGAAGGAAGAGAGGUGGACGCGAUGAAGCCGCCGAAUCCGGCGCUGCCUUAUCGAGAGGAUUGCUGGAGCGAGGGGGAGACGUCGGUGCUGGCCGACGCCUGGGGCGAUCGCUACCUUGAGCUCAACCGCAGGAACCUGCGGCAGAAGCAUUGGCAGGAGGUCGCCGACGCCGUCAACUCCCGCCCGAGCGCCAGCCGCCGCCCGGCACGCACCGACGUCCAGUGCAAGAACCGAAUCGACACCCUGAAGAAGAAGUACAAGGUCGAGAAAGCCCGGAUCGCUUACGGUGGCGAAAGCCAGUGGCCCUUCUUCUUCCGCCUCGAUGUCCUCAUCGGAUCCUCUCCGCCUGCCACGAAGACCCCUUCCUCGCCGCCGCUCGCCUUGCCGCUCCCAUUCCACCGCAAGGGCACUCUCUUGCCUACUGCUACCGCCGUGCGCCCUGCGGAGCCAAAGGGGAAGCGGCCGGCCGCCACCGUGUUAGCGGUGGACAAUCCAAUCUUGAGGCGAGCGGUCGCAGCUGCCGAGGCGGCCGCGGAGGACAUCAAGGAUGAGGACGAUGUGGGCUCUGAGUCACUGUCGAGAUCGUCCUCAAGAUCAGGAAGGAGUUGGAAGAAGGGAAAUGAGAUCCGUGAGUUGGCCAGGGCGAUCUCGAGGUUCGCGGAGAUCUAUGAGAGAUUGGAAGAAUCAAAACAGAGGCAGAUGUUGGAGUUGGAGAAGCAGCGAAUGGAGUUCACAAAGGCACUCGAAUUUCAGAAGAUGCAGCUCAUUGUCGACACUCAAGUACAGAUUGCCAAAAUCAAGCGUGCCAAACGAUCGGGCGUGGGUAAGAGACGCAACCAUUUCAGCUUGACAGCUAUUUGUAGGAGGGGAGGUUUUCUCUACGGGGCGCCAUGUUUUGGCAUGUACAUCUGGAUCAUGCAUUUUAUCAAAUGCUCGUCAUAAAUUGCGAUAUCUACGCUAAGAUCUAUGACGUCUCAUGAUUGUUGUUUAUUAGCUCUUUCUGACUCAGGUGAACAACUGACUGUGAUUUAUAAUGAUCACUGCGAUUUAAUGCACCUUUUGGCUCUUCUACACAGACAAUCUGUAACCUUAAUCAAGUUUCUCUUCAGGCAAGUGAAGAGGAUUGAAUUGGCUAAAAGUUUGCAUUUUCUUUUGUUAGAUGAUUUGUUUGAUUAACUCUGCAGGGCUGAAGGAUUUGUAAGGAGGUAACUAGUGUUAACCAGUAAAUUUUCAUUCUCA